GCAAACAUGGCUGCCCAGGACGAGCUCAAUCAACUGGAACGUGUGUUCCUCCGACUGGGCCAUGCAGAAACCGACGAACAGCUACAAGACAUCAUUUCCAAAUUUCUACCUCCUGUACUCCUCAAACUCUCCAGUGUUCAAGAGGGAGUAAGGAAGAAAGUAAUGGAGUUGUUGGUCCACUUGAACAAGAGAAUAAAGAGUCGACCAAAGAUUCAACUUCCAGUAGAAACUCUGCUGGUGCAGUACCAAGACCCUGCAGCUGCCUCUUUUGUUACGAAUUUCACCAUCAUCUAUAUCAAAAUGGGUUACCCACGUUUGGAGGUAGACAAACAGUGCGAGUUGGCCCCCACCCUGCUUACUGCCAUGGAGGGAAAGCCACAACCACAGCAGGACAGCCUGAUGCAUCUGUUGAUACCUACUCUCUACCAUAUGAAGUACCCUGCUGACACCUCCAAGAAUGCUUCCCCUUUCAUAUUGAUAGAGAGGCCAAAGACAGUGCAGCUGCUGCUGGAGUUCAUGCUAGAUGUCCUAUUGAUGCCUUAUGGGUUUGUGCUGAAUGAAUCCCCCACUCGUCCUGCCCCCUCCUCCCCCCAGGGAAGCUCUGGAUCUGGGACAGUGGCAGCAUCCGGCCAAGUUCUCCCCCAGCCUCCCCCUGGGAUGAGUGUCUAUGCUGCAAAGAGGGUCAUUGGUGAGGCUCAGUGGAGUGCUGAGCAGCUAGAACAGUGUAAACUGGGCAUAGUGAAGUUCAUCGAGGCGGAGCAGGUUCCUGAGGUGGAGACGGUUGUACACCUGGUGGUGGCAUCCAGUGACACUCGACACAGUGUGGCCACCGCGGCUGACCUGGAGCUGAAAAGCAAACAAAGCAUCAUUGAUUGGAAUAAUCCUGUGAUCAUCAACAAGAUGUACAAAGUGUACUUGGGGGAUAUUCCCCUCAAAACAAAGGGAGGCACUGUGAAGCAGGAGCUGAAACAUGAGCCAGUGAGCACCAGAGUUAAAAUGAAGAUCCUACCACACCUCCUACGUUCUCGGCUAGCUGCAGAGUGCUUCCCUGCUAAUAUACAGGUUGUGUAUGAUGGCCUAUUUGGAGCCAACACCAACAACAAGCUGCUGUCUCUCACGCUACAGUUUGUCCAUCACAUCUGCAUGGUAUGUCCUGACACCAAUAAGCCUCUGGGGCUUAUGCUGCUCAACGGUCUUACUAAACUCAUCAAUGAAUACAAAGAGGAUCCCAAGUUACUGUGUGUUGCGUAUUCAGCUGUGGGGAAACUGUCCAGCCGCAUGCCCCAACUGUUCACAAAGGAUAUAGCACUUGUACAGCAGUUCUUUGAGUCCAUGUGCAAGGAGGAGUCUGAUGUUCGGCUAGCCAUUCAAGAGGCUCUCUCGAUGAUGGUAGGAGCUUAUGCCAACCUACAGGGAGCACUACUCAACUUAAUGGAAGCCCUGGUGGCCGCUUAUAUAGGAAAGCCGGAGGUGCAGGUACGACAGGUGGCCAUGAAGUUUGCCAGCACAGUGUUUGCCUCGGAUCAUGUGCCCUCAAGAUACUUGCUGUUGUUGGCAGCUGGAGAUCCGAGAGAGGAGGUGUGUGGGGAGGCCCAGAGGGUGUUGAGGACUUUUACCACCAAGCACUCGGAGAAGGAGGGUUCAAAACCAAUGCCCUCCUUUCCUGACAUGGUGGCCUACGUCCAGGAAAAGGCAGAACAGAGGAUGAAGACUCCAGCCAAAUAUAUAGUAGGGACAUCCACUCUUCCUUUCAACCCGUCUGCAUUUGGAGAGAUUGUGCUUUAUCUGAGGAUGUGUCUAGCCUAUAGCGCUGGUGCGACACCCAUGUCCAAGAGUCUGGCAGACAUGCAGGAUGAUGCACCAGCAAUUGGCCGCUACGUCCACACGCUUCUGACCUCUGGACCUCAGCCCUUGAGUUCAAACGGCAGUGAGGCCAACCCUGUGCAUGUCUACAUUGACCUGCUGCAGCAGCUGCUCUCUGCUGUGGGAGGAAUACCAGUUAUGUACUGUCUUCUGGAAGUAGUGUCAGUCAGCCCAGAGAAACUUGCCCCCAGAUUUGUGGAUAAAAUUGACUGGAUUAAAAGUCUGAUGAGCACCAACAAGGAGGACAUGAGGGAGCUAGCAGCCCAGCUGUAUGCUGUGGUAAUCUCCACCAUGUCUGGCAACGAGUUCAAAACGACAGUUGGCAACCUGAUCAAAAUCAGCAAAGAUAACCACAGCCCUGAGACUCAGCAUGCCGCCAUCUUGGCUUCGGGCUACAUGGUGGGAAGGUACAUGAGCAGGAAAAAAGCUAUGUUUUCUGGGGACUCUGCUCACAACUUGCAGCAGCGAUUGAGUUCCACUGUGGAGGAGGAGGAUGAACUUGUUGCGAUGGCCACCAAAACUAUUGGUUCCUUCCUGGACAGCAGUAGUGCCUUGCUGGUGGUAGCAGCAUGUAUAGCAAUUGGGGAAAUUGGGCGAAAUGGUACACUGCUGAUCUCUGCAGAGGGUGAAGGCUUCACUAAACUCUCAGCUGUGGACAACCUACUGGCUCGCAUCCCCUCUGGCAAGGAGAGCACCAAGAUGAAGGAGCGAGCUAUUCAGACCUUGGGCUACCUCCCGGUAGGUGAUGGAGACUUCCCUUACCAGAAGAGGAUACUGCAGGGACUCAUGGACUCUGUUGAGGCCAAGCAGGUGGAGCUGCAGUUCACAGUGGGGGAGGCCAUCACUAGCGCUGCCAUAGGAACCAGCUCUGGAGCCGCCAGAGAUCCUUGGACAUUCACUGAAGACCAGUACAGCCCACCAGACAAUGGGAAAAGCAAUGACAUUGUGCCCUGGGUCCUGAACUCCAUCUUAACUAAGUACAUACCCAGUCAGAACCCCCAUGUUCGCCAGGCAGCCUGCAUCUGGUUGCUCUCCCUGGUCAAGAAAGUUGGUCAACACAAGGAGAUCAAGUCUAAACUGAAGGAGAUUCAGACAGCGUUCAUCUCUGUUCUUUCAGACCCUGAUGAGUUGAGUCAGGAUGUGGCAUCCAAAGGCCUGGGCCUUGUGUAUGAGAUGGGAGGAGAGGGCGACCAGCAGGAACUGGUGUCUACCCUGGUGGAAACACUGAUGACUGGCAAGAGAGUGAAGCAUGCGGUCUCAGAUGAUACAGAAGUGUUCCAAGGAGACACUUUAGGGAAAGCGCCUGAUGGCCACGGCCUGUCCACAUACAAGGAGCUGUGCUCAUUAGCCAGCGACCUGAAUCAACCAGAUCUUGUCUACAAGUUCAUGAACCUGGCCAACCACCACGCCAUGUGGAACUCCCGCAAGGGAGCAGCAUUUGGGUUUCACAUUAUUGCAACUAAGGCUGGGGAGCAGCUUGCCCCCUACCUCUCCCAGCUGGUGCCUCGCCUUUAUCGCUACCAGUUUGAUCCCAACCUGGCCAUUCGCCAGGCCAUGACCAGUAUCUGGGAUGCUCUGGUCACCGACAAGACCCUGGUGGAUAAGUAUCUGAAGGAAAUUCUUCAGGAUUGCAUCUCCAACCUAACUAGUAACACCUGGAGAGUACGAGAAUCCAGCUGCCUAGCUCUGAAUGAUUUGAUCCGUGGCCGGCAGGCCGAUGACCUCAUUGACUAUUUGGCAGAGAUGUGGGAGACACUGUUCAGAGUUUUGGAUGACAUCAAGGAGUCUGUGCGGAAGGCCGCAGACCUUGCACUAAAAACACUGAGUAAGGUGUGUGCUCGUAUGUGUGAGUCUACAGGGUCUGCAGCCCAGAGAACAGUAGCAGUGUUGUUACCCACCUUGCUUGACAAAGGCAUUGUCAGCAAUGUCACAGAGGUCCGCUCACUCAGUAUACAAACCCUGGUCAAAGUCAGUAAGACAGCUGGUGCCAGACUGAAGCCUCAUGCCCCAAAGCUCAUCCCUGCCCUGCUGGAGGCCCUUAGCACUCUUGAGCCCCAGGUCCUCAAUUACCUCAGCCUCAGAGCUACAGAACAGGAGAAGAGUGCCAUGGACGCAGCCAGGCUUUGUGCUGCCAAGUCCUCCCCUAUGAUGGAGACCAUCAACAUAUGUCUGCAACACCUAGAUGUCUCUGUGCUGGGAGAGCUGGUUCCCAGACUCUGUGAGCUACUCAAAAGUGGAGUGGGACUGGGCACCAAGGGCGGGGGUGCUAGUGUAAUUGUUUCCCUUACAGUGCAAUGUCCCCAAGACCUUACCCCCUACUCAGGUAAACUGAUGAGUGCACUGCUAAAUGGUAUCCAUGACCGGAGCAGUGUCGUGCAAAAAGCCUUUGCCUUCGCUCUGGGGCACCUUGUCAGGACGGCAAAAGAUAGCAGUGUGGAGAAACUACUGCUGAAGCUCAACGCCUGGUACCUGGAGAAAGAAGAACCAGUGUAUAAGUCAUCAUGUGUUCUAACAGUGCACGCCAUCAGCCAUUACAGCCCCGAUGUGCUGAAGGGCCAUGCCGGGGUGGCGCUACCACUUGCCUUCCUGGGCAUGCAUCAGGCCCCAGGCCCCAACGAGGAAAGGGGAGAGAGCCAAAAUGCCACGCUAUGGGCUGAGGUGUGGCAGGAGAAUGUCCCAGGAAGCUUUGGCGGCAUUAGACUUUACAUGACCGAGCUGAUCGCUAUUACCCAGAAGGCACUGCAGUCCCAGUCCUGGAAGAUGAAGGCUCAGGGAGCGGCCGCCAUGGCAACUGUUGCCAAAGAACAGACGGGCUCGUUGGUGGCACCACACCUUGGUAUGGUGCUUACAGCUUUGAUGCAAGGGCUGUCUGGGCGCACUUGGACAGGCAAGGAGGAGCUGUUGAAAGCCAUAGGAUCAGUGGUGUCCAAAUGCAGUGCGGAGCUGCAGAAGCCUUGCUCAGGCCAACCCACCAUCUCAGAGGUGUUGGAGGUGGUAUUGAAGGAGUGUCAUAAAGAGAGCCUACUAUACAAGAUGGCCGCCCUCCGCUGUGCCGGAGACGUGCUCCACAGCAGCCAGGAAGACCGUUUCAGCGACAUGUCAGAGAUCCUCUUCCCUCUCAUUAAGAAGAACUGCCCAGAGAGUGGCAGUGUGUCCCCGAGAUCACAAGACGAUGAUGACGACGGAGACGUGAAGGAGAAGGAGCUGCAGACAGAGGCUCUGCUCUGUGCCUUUGAGACACUUGGCAAGACCUGGCCAAGGAACUCGCAGACCCAGGCCCGUUUCCAAUUGGAGGUGUGUUGUCUGUUGUGUGAGAAGAUGAAGCUGAGCACCUGGAGAGUCCAGCUGGGAGUUCUGCAGUCUAUGAAGGCCUACUUCCUAGAGUUAUUGCUGCUACAAAAAGGCCAUCAGGACUCAAGUGCACUGUCUCAGAUCCUAACAGAGACCUGCACCGCUCUCACUUACCCUCUAGAAAAUAAGAGUUAUUCAUCUGUGAGGACAGAGGCCUUGUCAGUUGUUGAACUACUGGUCAAGAAAACUGGGGAGAGCGAGCAGUGGGACUGUGUGUCUGUGAAAAGCAGGGAGCAGCUCCAGCGUUCUCUGUCCACGCUGCAAACCGACAGCAGGCCUGACCUGAGGGACAAGGCCCAGGAGCUACGUAGACACAUCCAGAGCCAGCCCUGAGCACAAAGACGCUUGUCCACCCCAGCCAGAUCACAUGGACUCAUCUAGUCAUAGAAACAAACGAACACAAAAACAAACAACACAAAAAGAAGUCAAUUCGGAUCAUACAAGCAGUACAAGAACUCCUGACAAGUGCACACAUUGGCAUUCUUCUCAUUCUUUUUAUAAGACGGCUUUUAGUCUCUACAAGAUGUUAACCAUUUUUUCUGUCAACAUGUGAUGUUACGUCUGGCUUUCACGGGGGGAAAAAAAUGCUCCAUAGAAAAUUGAAUUGACCGAUUCGAGCUGACCAAAACAGUUUUGUCUACAAUACGGUUAACGUGCCAUGAGUCUACAGGUGGCCCGUGGUGAAGAAGAAAAUAAAACUUAUUGCGAUGUGUCAGUUUAUUUGGUUCACCCAAAAUGGACUGAUUAUGAUAACAAUAUGCCACAUAAACCAGUGCUUCGGGUCCGUGAACAGGCUUUAACGCUGGGCUCUUCUCCAGGGAGUUGUACUACUGCUGUUGACAGGCCUGUCGGUGAAAACACAGUGAAGAGUUGGUCCCUGGUCAUCUCUUGACCUUAGUUCGCUGUUUCUAAUGUAUGUGGACACUUGCCCACUUCUGUAGCACUGCUGUUACCCCGAAGUAUUUACAAGUAUACGGUAAAAGAGCACAUACAUGGAAAAAGUUGAACCCCACCCCCCAAUCUAUUUUCACUGAGCUUUAAAUUAAUAAACCGCCUGAGGCUGGUGUGAGGGAGGCAUCGUUUCUUGUAUGAAAAUGCCGCUUGAUUAAAUAAAACAAGAACAUGUCGACUUUUGAUAAGCGGAACGUUUUUAUUCAUUCUGUGGCCUCCUGGUCUGGGAGAAAAUGCUGGACGGGGACAAACUAGUGUUGCAGAACUCAAAUACACCAACGGUGGGGCUGAAUCAUACAGGUUCUUCCUGGUUGGGGUCCUUCUUUACUGUGCGCUGGCAGAUUUAACGGGCUGAUCUGGAAGACGGAGGGCGUGAGACACGGGAGGAAAACAAGGGUCCAAGCCGUCUGCCAUUUCAUGGUCGUCUCUCACUCCGCCGUCUGGCAGAGAUGGUGGAGCAG